GGAUUUAAUGUCAGCUCAUCAAAAUACAAUAUGGAUCCUAAAAAGUGAUAAACAUGUAGUUCACAUUGGUAAAAGCCGAAGGCUUUAUCGAAGUAAUACCUAAACGAGUCUCGUAUAUCUGCAGAGGAUCACACUAUAUCCGAUAUAAAUUUAGCUCCUUCCUCUGAAGAUGGCACGGACUUCGUUUACCUUCAUGUACAUUUUGGAUUUGCGAGCGUGUCGCAGGGGCAAAACAAUAAGUAGCACAAGUUUCACAUGCUAAAGUGAGGCGGCGUAUCAACUGCAGCAGGACACACACAGGCUCUCUGUACGUUGGAGAAACUUCAAAGAUAGGCAAAAACUUUGAGCUUGUUGGUAUCGGCUCAGCAACUCCACUUAUGUCGCAAUUAUUCAUAUCUUAAGAACAACGCACGUAUGGAUUAAAAGUAAUACAAAGAUGGCUUUUUUGAUGACAAGUCUGUGUGGCAGUAUAAAUGCCAAAACAAGAGAGCUCUUCACUUCCUGCAACCAUUGCUGGAGUAGAUGUUGUUGCCUUACUAGUGUCAAUGAAUCUUAAUCAUGAAGCGUACAAAAAACUGAAUGAGAACUGAUAGACAAGGCAUAUAGCUCAAGAUUUUUGGUUCAUAGCACUAUCAUAGGCCUCAUCUGUGAUCAUUUGGUAGAGGAAAGUGAUACCAGACGAACGCCUUUGGUGGACCGAACAAUUGGUGUGGAAGCGUGCUAUUGCGGCGUUUCUUACGCCGACUAUAAGAAGGCUAAUGAUGCUGUCCCACUCAAACCAUUACCCAUCUUAAAAACAUGACAUCCAUAUUCCUAGAAUCCUAUCGUUACUAUGGGUCCCACUGCUCUACCAUUCCACCAUCUAUUAUAUUUACAUUUGGUAGACUUCUUAUUCAUUCAGCUAUACAAAGAGCACAAGUAUAAUCCCUCAACUUGCUUAAUCAGAUAAAUAUAUCUUCAGAGAAACCAUACGUCUGAUUAAUUGUGUGAGAAUGCUGCGAAUUCUUAUUGCUUUCCCUCGGCAUUGUCUAAAAGGGAGCUCCCAGAGGACGAAAAGGAUAACUCCCUUUAGACCCACACCGGAAAGCUCCAACGUCAGGCCCAUCACGUUUUAUUGCUUUCUCUCCUGCCUUGUUAUUUUGUUGUUUUUGUUGACCCAACUACCCCUUGUGAAGGCGACUCUUAUGGCAUCCUCCAAUAUUGAGUACUGCACUAAUGAUGGAAAGAAUCCGCUGAAUUGUAAGAAGAAGUUGGUGGUUACGCUGUCCGUGGAUCCGAAGCAGCAAGAAGGCUCUGAGGAAGUGGAUUUUGUGAGGUCUGCAAGCGAUAUAACGCAAGAAACUCCAACGAAGGUAUAUUUUUCUCCUAUCAAGGUUGCCAUCAGUCGCAGUCAUGUGAGCUAUCGGUAUCCCCUGACUUAUGUAAAAGCCUUCAACGCGAAGCCUUAUGAAGAAGUAAUCGCCGGUGAUUUUAUUUCUCGGUGUAAUGACGACUUUGAUGAAAGCGCGACGUGUGGGCUCCUCAAACAUCAUGGCAAGCCCGUUCCAUAUUCGCAAGGGUUUUGCUGUUCAUGUGAUGUUUGUCAAGUGCUGGGUCUAUGCUCGAGUAACUCUCGAUCCCAACGCCACUGUGACCUUUUCGGCCGAUACACGGCUGCGUCAUGCCUACGUCACAGUAAGGAUUGGUAUGAUGGGUAUAAUAUCGGCCCGUACCUGGUCGAUUACCGAAUCAGGCUUACGUUGAGUCAACAGAUAGGAUCCAUAAUCCCUCAUAACAGUUCCUUUCCAACUAAUCUGAAAACCGUAUUGCUUCUUAGUCCCACAGAAUCGGUGGCCAGUUCUGAGGAAUUUGAUGUUAUUGCAAAGAUGGUGGGAAGUCUAUCACCUGACGCUCAACCCUUAGACCUUACUCAUCACAUAUUCCUUUCCCCCCUUGUGGGGACAGGGAGUGACCGUGUUGAGGCGGGGUCGGCUGAGUGGAUGAUUCUGGAUCAAUCGCUCGUCACGUUGGAUGGCCGCACCUGUGAUAAAGUAGGGGUGGGCUAUGAGGCCUUCGCGACGCAGUCCGAUGCGUGCCGCAGGGCUUUCGGUAGCUGCCUCAACUCCCAGAUCGAUGACUACCGUGCAAUGGACAUGAAGGCUAUUGCCUCGGGAGGUAAAGGUAAAUACAUGGUCAACUCGUUUGGAAAUUUCUCCCUGCAGAGGUCUACUAAUACCACGAGCUCUGAUAAUACGCUCUACCUCCGCUAUACCGCGUCCGUUUCGACACCAGUACUGAUUAUCCUUACUCUUUCGGCAGAUCACCUGCGCUACAUUGAGUCUGUCUCCCCCGGAGUCAUUUUGGACGCCAGGGUGUCACAGGACGAGGUGACGGUGAAUACUAAGGGUACUGAGAUUAUCACUAAAAUCAAGAACACUGGCAUCGUCACUUCCCGCUUUACGGUAUCAGUGAAAUGUACUGAAAACGUCUUUCCCAUUCUGGAGCAAGUUAUUUUUCUCGCAGCUUUAGAAGUUCGAGAGCUCCACUAUGAUUUAAAUGUCGAAAGCGUCGACAAAAACGGCACAAGUUUCUGUGAGGUCAUACUAAAAGGUGCUCAAGGACAUGUGGAAGACAAAAAGAAAGUUGUAUUUAAGACCAAGGAAAUAGAAAAAGACAGAUUGACACCGGAUGAAGAUACUGGGGCAAGUAGGGAAACUACCCAGUCUGCCUCUGUGCACGGUACAUGCGACAAAUUCGGCUUUCUGAAGGGGCUCUGUAAACUUUGGGUUUUUAUCGCCGUUAAGAUAGGUAAUAGCGCCGGAGAGAUGAUUGGAAUUUUGGUUCUAUCUAUCGCUCUGAUUUUUUUCUUAUUUGCGGCAUGUAAAUGUGCCUGUAAAGCUUGCAGUAAGCAUAGGGGUGCCGCAUACCGCACCGACUGA